GGAGGGGUCGGACGGCGAGGGGGAGACAGCGGGCGAUAGAAAUACGAGCGCGAGAGAGGCAGGAGAGGGAGAGGCGAAGGAAGAGUGAGACACGGAUAAGCUCUGCCCUAACCCUAGCCUCGCGCCGCCGCCGCCGUCGCCGCAGCAGCGGGGAAGGGGCUGCGCGGGCGGGAUCCGUACGGUGGCCACCCCGCCCCGCCGCUCCGGGGUGGGGGCCGACGUCGCGCCCCGCUUCCCCAGGUGUGAUUGACUUGCCAUAUUUGUUCUGUCUACCAGCCACUGCAAGGAAUCCAUGGCUGUUGUCAAUCCUGUUAUGUUUGACAAUGACGACGACGAAGGACCAGUUUCCUUCAAGAGGUCAAGUGCCUCUGUGAAGAACAGGCCCACCCCCACAAAGCCGGAAGGCUCAUCAGGAAAUGUCGGAUCUGUUAGGAGCCCUAAAUCUGUUGCUUCCAGUCAACAGAGGAAUGGGCUGACUGGUGUUUCAAGGCCAUUGCAACAGAGGCCGCAGUCAAGCACUCCAAACCCUCGACCUUUGGGAUCAGUUCAGCUCAACAGUUCCAAAGAACAUAACAACAAUAGUAAUGCUAUGGACAAGAGUAAAUUGAAAAGACCUUUUGUGGAAGAUAAGUCAGAUGACUCAGAAGAUGACCAUAAGCCUAUUGGAUUAAGGAGAAAGGUUGAGGAUAAAAAUUUUAAGAAAGCUGCUGUUGGAAGUGAGACGGCAGAUGAUUCAGAUGAUAAUAAACCAUUGAGUCUCAAGAUAAACUCAACAAAAACACCAUCCAACAGUACAAAUAAGGCUAGUGUGCUGAAAGUUACACCUAAAAUUGUGCAACCUGCUGAUGAUUCUGAGGACGAGAAACCACUGGCCAGGAGGUUGCCAGCUAAAACUACUCUGAAAAGUGGUGCUAAUGCUUCGGAUGAUUCAGAGGAUGAGAAGCCAUUGGCUGCCCGAUUCUCAAAGGUUACUGGCAGUGCAUCUGCAAGUAUCUCAAGUUCAAAGGACAAGGUUCAGUCUGCAAAUCUAAAACCAAGUUCUUCCAGCAAGGUGUCAAACAAUGACACGAACACUUCACGAAAUUCAAUUAAAAGGCCAAUUGACAAUAAUAAUCAAUCAAUUUCAGCUCUCAAGAAGGCAAGGCCUUCAGAUGUUUCUGUGUCUGCAAGUGUCAAAAGAGAAUCCAAGGCAGAUGACAAUGACAAUAUACCUCUUUCACAAAGACUGAAAAUGGGUGAGUCUUCAAAAAGCAAGCCACCUGCAAAGAAUAUUGUAAAGAAGAAUCCUUCAUCUUUUAAGAAGGAUAGCAAGAAAAUGAAAACAAAGAAAACAAUGAAAAAUUCUCAGUUCUCAAAGACAAUGAAGGUCCCUCCUGGAUCUGGUGGUGGACAGAAAUGGACUACCCUGGUGCACAAUGGUGUUAUUUUCCCCCCUCCAUACAAGCCUCAUGGUGUCAAGAUGCUUUACAAUGGGCAACCUGUUGAUCUGACACCAGAACAAGAAGAGGUUGCAACUAUGUUUUCUGUGAUGAAAGACACUGAUUACGCAUCCAAACAAACGUUUAUUGACAACUUCUUCACUGAUUGGAGAAAAAUUCUUGGUAAGAACCAUAUCAUCAAGAAAUUUGAGCUUUGUGAUUUCACCCCAAUCUAUGAAUGGCACCUAAGAGAGAAGGAGAAGAAGAAGCAGAUGACAUCAGAGGAGAAGAAAGCAGUGAAGGAAGAGAAAUUGAAACAAGAGGAGAAGUACAUGUGGGCUGUUGUAGAUGGUGUUAAAGAGAAGGUUGGCAAUUUCAGAGUAGAACCACCUGGCUUGUUCAGGGGACGUGGAGAGCAUCCAAAGAUGGGAAAACUGAAACGCCGCAUUCAACCAAGCGAUAUUACAAUAAACAUUGGAAAAGGGGCUCCAAUCCCAGAGUGUCCGAUACCUGGAGAAAGUUGGAAAGAAGUCAAACAUGAUAACACAGUUACAUGGUUGGCCUUUUGGAAUGAUCCAAUAAGCCAAAAAGAUUUCAAGUAUGUUUUCUUGGCAGCAAGCAGUGCAUUAAAGGGUCAAAGUGACAAAGAGAAGUAUGAGAAGUCUCGAAAAUUGAAGCAUCAUAUACACAAAAUUCGUGACACUUACACAAAGGACUUCAGAAGUAAAGAUAAGACAAAGAAACAAAUUGCAGUGGCGACAUACCUUAUAGAUAAGCUAGCCCUUAGGGCAGGCAAUGAGAAGGAUGAUGACGAAGCUGAAACUGUUGGUUGCUGUACACUGAAGGUUGAUAAUGUUACUUGUGUUCCUCCAAAUAACCUGCAGUUCGACUUCCUUGGUAAAGAUUCUAUAAGAUACUUCAACACUGUAGAGGUUGAACUGCCUGUAUACAAGGCAAUUGAGGAAUUCCGUGCUGGUAAGAAACCAGGAGACGAUCUCUUUGACAAGCUCGAUACAACUAGGCUAAAUGCUCAUCUAAAGGACUUGAUGCCUGGGCUUACUGCAAAAGUGUUCCGUACAUAUAAUGCCUCAAUCACCUUGGAUGAUAUUUUGCACAAAGAAACAGAAGAUGGAACUCUUCUUGAAAAGAUUGCAGUUUAUCAACGAGCCAACAAAGAGGUUGCCAUAAUCUGUAACCAUCAGCGCAGUGUCUCAAAAUCACAUGACUCCCAGAUGACUAGAUUGAAUGAGAAGAUUGAUGAAUUGAAGGCCCAAAGGGAUGAAUUGAAGGCAGACUUGAGCAAAGUGAAGAAAGGAAAGUCUCUAGGCUAUGACAAAGAUGGGAAACCAAAAAGAAAUUUGGCGCCUGAAGCGUUUGAAAAGAAGAUUUCUCAGGUUGAAACCAAGAUCGAGAAAAUGGAGAUGGAUAAGAAGAUUAAAGAGGAUUUAAAGACGGUAGCACUGGGAACUUCAAAGAUCAAUUACCUUGAUCCCAGAAUUACUGUUGCGUGGUGCAAACGCCAUGAAGUACCUAUUGAGAAGAUAUUCAACAAAUCACUCAUUGCGAAAUUUUCAUGGGCAAUGGAUGUCGACCCAGAUUUCAGAUUCUAAGAACACUGGCUACCGAUCAGCCAUCCCCCACCUUUAGUAAACUUGAUCCACCUUCCAGCCCUUGUCCCGGACACUAAUUGCAGCUAGGAAAGGAAGAGCUCGGUGUUUGUUUUUGAAGUCCCCUGCUCCUGGAAAGAAGGAAGCACCCGGCAUUCUCAUUGUAGGCUUUUUAUCUUUUCUUCUUUCUUCUUGUUAAUGCCUUUGCCAUCGGCCCUCAAGUUCUGUAUGCAUUUGGGCUGAUGAAUUUUAGCUCGCUGAGAACGAAUGGACAUUCAUUUUAUACCGGAUUAAUCUCAAAAUAUACCAUGAGGUUUCGUUUGGUUGCGG